CUGCGCAGCUGCCCGCGCCGGCUUCCGGGUGGAGAGAGCGCGAUGGGGCGGAGGGUGGACGGCGAGGAGGAGUAGCGGCGGCGAGUGGGCGUGUGCUCCGAGCCGUCCGGCGCCGGCGCUGGAGUCGCGGGGUCUCUGAGAGCCGCUGCGGGACGCGGAGAGCGCCUGCGACGGCCACCUGCGCCCGCUCCCUGGCAUGUCGGCCGAGGCCUCUGGCCCGGCGCCGGCUGCGGCCGGAUGCCUGGAGUCCCCUAAGCCCUCGGGUGUGGAGCCUGGCUCCCCCUCGUACAGUCUGAAGCCCCUGACCCCGAACAGCAAGUAUGUGAAGCUGAACGUGGGCGGCUCGCUGCACUACACCACGCUGCGCACCCUCACUGGGCAGGACACCAUGCUCAAGGCCAUGUUCAGCGGCCGCGUGGAGGUGCUCACAGACGCCGGAGGUUGGGUGCUGAUUGACCGGAGUGGCCGCCACUUUGGUACAAUCCUCAACUACCUACGAGAUGGGUCGGUCCCACUACCUGAGAGUACCAGAGAACUCGGGGAGCUGCUGGGUGAAGCCCGGUACUACCUGGUCCAGGGCCUGGUUGAAGACUGUCAGCUGGCUCUGCAGCAAAAAAGGGAGAACCUGUCCCCGCUGUGCCUCAUCCCCACAGUGACGUCACCCCGGGAAGAGCAGCAGCUCCUGGCCAGCACCUCCAAGCCUGUGGUGAAACUUCUGCACAACCGCAGUAACAACAAGUACUCCUAUACCAGCACUUCAGAUGACAACUUACUGAAGAACAUCGAGCUGUUUGACAAACUGGCCCUACGCUUCCAUGGGCGGCUGCUCUUCCUCAAGGAUGUCCUGGGGGACGAGAUUUGCUGCUGGUCUUUCUACGGGCAGGGCCGAAAAAUCGCCGAAGUGUGCUGCACCUCCAUAGUCUAUGCUACAGAGAAGAAGCAGACCAAGGUGGAAUUCCCUGAGGCUCGGAUCUUCGAGGAGACACUGAACAUCUUGAUUUAUGAGACUCCCCGUGGCCCAGAUCUAGCUCUCCUGGAGGCCACAGGGGGUGCAGCUGGAGGUGGUGGGGCAGGCCGAGGGGAUGAUGAAGAGAACCGAGAGCACCGUGUCCGGAGGAUUCAUGUCCGUCGACAUAUCACCCACGAUGAGCGGCCUCACGGCCAACAGAUUGUCUUCAAGGACUGACCUUCGAUCUUUCCCCUGCCUUCCUUCCUCUUGCUUCUGGGACCCUCUCUCUGCCCCGGCUCUGCUGGCCAAGUCGUGGGUCUUCCCUCUGUCCCUUCAUUGCAUGCUAUGUUCAGUGGGGCCCUUUCCAGUCACUGCCACUCACUGCUAACAACGCGGUACAUUCCAGCAUUCCCCUAGGCGGGGCUCUUCAGAAAGCCAGCAUCCACCCCUCUUGCACAUCCUUGUUCUGCUGUCUGUCUCUUACCAUCUAAUCUAGAGUGACGCAGACUUCCCCUUCUCUUCUGUUAAUACAUUGGAAACGUGUAGAGACCCUAGUAUCAUCAGCCACCUUCCAAGCUGCUCUCCACCAUUGCAGAGCAGUCCGCUCCUUCCAGCCUCACUGUCCUCCCUACCUCCUUAACUUUAUACUAGGCUGGCCUGGACCUGUACCAGCUCGGCUGUCUUGAUCUGGUUCAUAUUAUUUAUUAUUUUAAUUUUCUAUUAAAUUAUUGGAAUAAAGUUGAACUAAGAGUC